AUUACACAAUUUUAUGGCGGGAUACGGAAUAAAAACCCUUGUAAAUUAGGGUUCUUAUUCAGUUCAUUGUAGCUUCAAAACACCCUGAAAUGGCGCCGGAGAAGAAAUUAAGCAACCCCAUGAGAGACAUUAAGGUCCAGAAAUUGGUUCUCAACAUUUCAGUUGGUGAAAGUGGUGAUCGUUUGACUAGGGCUGCUAAAGUGUUGGAGCAACUCAGUGGACAGACACCUGUUUAUUCUAAAGCCAGGUAUACUGUACGUUCUUUUGGCAUCCGUCGUAAUGAAAAGAUUGCUUGUUAUGUGACUGUGCGUGGCGAAAAGGCCAUGCAACUACUGGAGAGUGGCUUGAAAGUAAAGGAAUAUGAGUUGCUGAGGAGGAACUUCAGUGACACUGGCUGUUUUGGCUUCGGCAUACAGGAGCACAUUGAUCUCGGAAUCAAAUACGAUCCAUCAACGGGUAUUUACGGCAUGGAUUUCUAUGUUGUGCUUGAGCGCCCUGGCUACCGUGUUGCUCGUCGUAGAAGGUGCAAGUCCCGUGUUGGAAUCCAGCACAGGGUCACCAAGGAGGAUGCAAUGAAGUGGUUUCAGGUCAAAUACGAGGGUGUCAUCCUCAACAAGGCCCAGAACAUUGGUGCUUGAGUUUUUGUUACCUUUCUAUGUGUCAUCAAAUUGACGCGUACUAGACGAUUUUGUAGUUUUUUUUGAGAGUAAUGUUUGGAUAAGUUGGUACUAGAGAUUUUCUUUUUCUAUGUUGUGUUGCUCUUGUACGAUUAUCUUACCCGCGUUUGUUAUUCGACAACAUUGACAGUCCUUGAAUCCAAUGCUAGAUUUUCGACUUGAUAUGAUCUCGACAUCAUUGACGGUCCUUCAA